AUGGUACAUGAAUGGGCUAGAUUAGAAUCUUUUCAGACAUUUCCAAAAAAGUGUCCAGUCUCAACGCUUCGACUUGCCCAAACAGGGUUUUACUCUACAGGGAAAGGAGUAGAGGUGAUUUGUUUUUGUUGUGGAUUAAAAAAUGAGCACUGGACCGAGAACGAAACUGUGUCAGAAUUACAUAAACGAUUGUCACCACAUUGUAAGUUCUUAAGAGGUGAAGACUCGGAUAAUGUUCCAAUACAUGGAGUAAACGUAGUGAAUCGAAACGACACAGAGGGUGCUUGUGGAGGUCCUAAUGAUGAUCCAAAAAAUAGAAGAAAUCCUCAUCAAGAACACAAUGAGAAAAGUGGGAAACAAACCAACGAUAGAAUGCGUUGUAACAAAGAGACAGAACAACAUCUAGACAAAAUAACACAUCAACUUAACCAGCAUUAUUCCGUUCCUGAAAAUGGAAAUGUUCACAGAAUGUCUGACAAUGAUAUAACAGCAGAGAUUCAGUAUUUUCCAGGUAUACCAAAUGAUCAACCAAAACGCCCAGAAUAUGCGAUCAGAAGCGAACGACUGUUAUCAUUUUCUGCCUGGUCUUUAAAUAAUAUCAUGAAACCGGAAGCCUUAGCAGAAGCCGGAUUUUUUUUUCACUGGUAA